CCGGUCCCGAGUGCCGACUCGGUCGCCGGGGGACGGGCUUCUCUGGCUCGCUAACUCAACUGCCCUGGAGGAUUCUUGCGCGCUUUAUAAGUUACCGCUGAUGAAAUCAUGACCAGGUGGGCACGAGUUACUACCGCACAUAACAAGAGACCUUUGGCUGCAACAUCAUGGGAGGACAUGAAGAAGGGGUCCUUUGAGGGAGAAGGCCAAAAUCUACCAAACAGUAAACAACUUGAAGCCAAAAGGCUCUCUGUUAAGAAUGAUGCUCCUCAAGCAAAACACAAAAAGAACAAAAAGAAAAAGGAGUACUUAAAUGAAGAUGUAAAUGGAUUCAUGGAAUACCUAAGACAAAACUCACAGAUGGUUCAUAAUGGAGAGAUGAUAGCAACAGACAGUCAGGAGGCAAGGGAAGAAAUUGCAGUUGCUUUAAAGAAAGAUAGUCGACGGGAAGGGAGAAGACUAAAAAGACAAGCAGCAAAGAAAAAUGCAAUGGUAUGUUUCCAUUGUAGAAAACCUGGCCAUGGGAUUGCAGAUUGCCCAGCUGCCCUUGAGAAUCAAGAUAUGGGCACUGGAAUAUGUUAUCGGUGUGGGUCCACAGAGCAUGAAAUAACCAAGUGCAAAGCCAAAGUAGACCCAGCUUUUGGUGAAUUUCCUUUUGCAAAAUGUUUUGUUUGUGGGGAAAUGGGGCACCUAUCCAGAUCUUGUCCUGAUAAUCCCAAAGGACUCUAUGCUGAUGGUGGUUGCUGCAGACUCUGUGGCUCCGUGGAACAUUUUAAGAAAGAUUGCCCUGAGAGUAAGAAUUCAGAUCGAAUGGUCACAGUUGGUCGCUGGGCAAAGGGAAUGAGUGCAGACUAUGAAGAAAUUUUGGAUGUGCCUAAGCCACAGGAACCCAAGACAAAGAUACCUAAAGUUGUUAAUUUUUGAUAAUGAUUGGUACUAUUGUUAGUUACCACCUCAUUGUUAAACAUUCUGAACCAGGCGUCCUUCACAAAUUGGAGCUGGGCUCCCUUGGAGACCUGUUUUGUAGAUACCAGUAUGAUCAGGGAAUGGUCACAUCGUUUCCUGAGCGCUGUCCAUUAAAGAGUGCUUCUAUCACUGAAGAAAAUCACUGAAGAAAAGUAGAAGAUGUUAAAAUUGGAUUCUCUGAAAAAACAUUUUUAACAGACAGAACUUAGGUAUAACUAAGUGGUUAUAUGCUUGAUUGUAACAAUCAUCUUUCUUUUAAAAACCAUUCAUUAAUGUGCACCACCCCUAAACAAAGUAUAACUGCUUUGCAUUUGGAAUUGAAUUUUUGGUUAUAUUGUUUCCUUGGUUCAAAAUAACAAUUUAUUAUUAGGAAUUUAUAAAUUGCCACAAAAUCUGUAUUUUUAAAAUAUUUAAUAAAAAUUCAUUUGC